CGGAGGGGAAGGAAGCCGCCCUUCGGGGCCUCUGCAAGUCACACUCUAACACUUGUCUUUUUUCUCGACCAUCCUCCCAGGCGCUUUCCAGAGAUGGACUGUGUUCCGUUCCUCUUGGCUGUCCUCCAGGUAUGCAAAGCUCUAGACGAAGAGAUGCUUUGGGACACAACACUUAAACUCGCGAAGACCAUGACCCUAGAAUGUGUGUAUCCGCUGCCGGGCAACGUCACCCAGACGGAGUGGUUCAAGGUCAACGCGAUGAAGGAAGAGUCUAUAGCCAUUUUCAACCCUCUUUAUGGUGUGGCCAUAAGGGAGCCCUAUGAAGACAGGGUUUACUUGUUAGAGUCAAACCUGACUGUCUCCGCGGUGAUGCUGUCCUUCUACAAUGCCUCUGAGGCUGACCUGGGCUUCUAUUCCUGCCAUCUUGAAACGUUCCCGUAUGGGCCCUGGAAGAAGGUGAUAAAGGUGGUGCCAUCAGAUAGAUUUGAGGGGGCUGUGCCACCAGACAGCCAUGUGGUCUCGGAACCGGGAACAAACAUCACGCUCACGUAUGAGCAUCGAAUGAAGAGUCCCCUGCAGCAAGUCACAUGGGAGAAGCUGCAGUCCCAUCAGAUCGACCUCCUAACCAGGUGCAACUUGUCCCAAGGGAGAAGCUACCCCUCAAGGUAUCGCAGAGAGAUACUGAGUAACUGUGACCAGGGGAUGAGGAGGACCUUCAUCAUCAUACCCCAUGUCUCGGCCUUUGACUCUGGCCUUUACCGCUGUUGCUUCAAGGCCAGCACAGGGGAGAACGAGACCUUCGUGAUAAAACUGACCGUCACCAAUGGUAAAACCCAUCACCAAGAUAGCCAGUACAUCGUCUUCAUGGCUGUCGGGGCAGUUUUAUCGCUGCUGUUUGUUACCCUAAUUGCCGCUGUCAUUGCCGUGGUUCAUAACAGAAGGAGACAGAAAAAAGUCCAGUGUAAAGAGUCUGAGAACACGCAGAAUCAGGCAUCGAACAACUACAGAAACCCCUACUUCAACAACCAACCCUCGGAUGGCGCUGGAGAGGAUGUUUACGUCAAUUACCCAGUCUUCUCUCGCAGACCGAAGACGAGAUCCUAAGCUUGCCCCUUGACCUGAGCAAACUGACGGUGACUGUUGUGUGCAUGGGUCCUUGUACAGCUUCUUCCCACUACGCGGUGUCCCUGGUUACAGCGGGCGAAUAUAUUUUAAUUUAUAUUUUCCAAUCCGAACGUUAGCCUAUUUAAUUCCCCACACAACACUGGAAAAAGGACUCUCGGCGUUAACUUUACAUAGGAAAUCUCCACCUCGUAAGUAAUAGAAGCCUACGCACCAAUUUCUAAAACAAUUACAGAGACACAAUUUGGGGUAUAUUAACAAAACAGAAUAUGAUAAAAUAUUAAAGGCAAUCUCCUGUCCACCGAUGUCAUCACCUCUUCCCUGAAGGGGCAGGCUCGAG